CAUCGAUCAACUAUGAGUUUGUUGCACAUUUAGCGUUAGCAGGAGCAACCUGCCUUAUAUUUGCAGAGCUAGUAAGGCUAUGUGGAAAUGAUGUUCAGUAAUCAGGGCAUUCAACCCGUAACUGUUGUUUUUAACAACACGAAAAACUGCUUUCUUCACCUCUCCUCGAAGUUGACAUCGCAUCUCUCCCUGAAUGAGAACCAGGCUCUGGAGUUGUCCUGGGGCCAUGGAUCUUCAGUGUUCCUCAGCUGGACUCAGAACAGAACCUCCUCCAGUCUGGACAGCCAUAAAGUGGAGCUGUGUCGACAACUGGGAGAAAAGCUGGGCCUGAAAGACGGAGAGCAGGGUUUUCUGAGACCAUGUCACCAGGUCUCAUCAGUGCAUCAAGUGUUUGUGGAGCCUCUGUCAUCUGAUGACUGGGAAAUCUUGGAGCUCCACAGUGCCGCACUGGAGCAGCAGCUGUUGGAUCAGAUAAGAGUGGUUUUUCAGGAUGGUGUGUUUCCUGUGUGGGUGGACAGCCACACAGCCAUCUACAUCCAAAUAGCAUCCCUUUUGCCAUCUGUGCCCUAUGGUCGCCUGGAGCAGUUCACAGAACUAGUUGUCUCUCCUAAGAGCCGUGCUGGAACUGGCAACCUGAGUGGUCCUCCAGUUAGAACUGACGAGAAGCAGCAUUUUCACAGACAACAAAAUAUGGAUCUUUCCUCCCCCUCAGGACCAUCAUUGGAAAGUACAUCCCCAGUUCCUCAAAGCCACCAGUGGGGUGGCAUAGCUGACCUGAAGAGCCUGCUACGCUACAUGAUAAAGGGUACUUACGACCCGGUUAAAGAGCUUCCACCUGUACCCGAUGUCCCUGCCCUCCUCACUGACUCUAUCUACAGAGUGUGUGGUGCACCUCCAGCCUCUCUUUGCACUAUAAGCCAUGUUGCAACUGCCGUCAUUCACAUAUUUCCUCUGAGCCAUGGGUUGAAUGCUGGGUUAACUGGAGGUCAGCCUCCAGUGACUUAUGGCAUGCUGUCCAAAGUUCCCUCUCCUAAAGAAACAAGGGACCGAGCCAAGCAGGCCAUGGAGAAAAAGAGGAUUACAGGAGUUACUAAAGUUGAUUCUGUUGCGGAUGGAGGGGAGGAUAUGAAAGAAAAGGAAGCCAUGGUGGUCAGAGUGGUGUGUCAUGGUCCUGAGAAGCUGGCAGGCAAAGAAAGAAGUCGCAGCAAGGGAGAGAUCCAUAGUGGAAGAGUGUGGAUCCCUGAGCCCCUGGCCAUCAGGUUGAACAUCAUCCCACAUUCAACAGUUAGAAUUAAACAAGUCAAAUCAGCUAUUAAAGUAGCCUCCUCUAUUUGCUUACAGCCCCUAAUACCACUGCCUGAGGAGGAUGAUGAGGAGAUUCAGACAGCUUUCCUUGGUUGGCUGCACACUCAGAGUCAUGAACCUUUAGCCUGUCUGACUGCACGGUCUGGCAACAUCCUCCUACAUGGAACUGAUGCAAAGUUAGAGUUUGCUUUAACUGUGCUGAAACCAGAACCAGAGAGUGACCCUCCAGACCAGCUGUUUUUAUUAGCACCUGCUGUCAUCCAGAAGGAACACAUACAGGUAACCAGAGAGCCAGUGACCAUGCCAGCUGUGAAAUCUACAGCUGAAACACCCAAACCAGAGCUGCCCUCCCUCAGUGUUCUUGGUGGGAUCGAUGAGCUCAGUAGGACUGGAUUUGAGUUCAUCUCCCACAGCCUUCUGGGUAGCCCUCUCUCACGAGAACUUGGUACCACUGGACGGGGACUACAAGGAGGAGCUCUGCUCAUCACUGGUGCUAAGGGAAGUGGGAAGAGUACUCUAUCCCGAGCCCUCUGUGGAAAAGCUAGAGAACAUCUGGAUGCACAUGUGGAGGUGGUGGACUGCAAAAAACUUCAAGGCAAAAGGGCAGAAACAGUGAGACAGAUGCUGCAUGACAUUUUUGAACAGGCGGAAUGGAGGCAGCCUUCAGUCGUUCUACUUGAUGAUCUGGACUAUAUGACUGGGGCACCAACCUCACCUGAACAUGAGCAUGGUCCUGAGGCACUGCUGCAGCAGCACAUUGCUCAAAGUCUGAAGGAUGUGGUCGAUGAGGUGGUGGUUCACUCCAGCCUGGUGUGUCUGAUCAUCACCAGCCAGAGUGAGCAUUCCCUCCAUCCCUCCCUGACCGAGGUGCAGGGGUCCCACUUCAUCCAGGGCUUCGCACAGAUCCAGCCACCGGACCAGGCUCAAAGAGCAGAAAUCCUGCGCCAUCUGAUCCUCAGAAAAACCAGGCUCUCUGAGGAGACCUUACAGACUCUAGACCUGGCAGCUGUUGCCAAGGAGACAGAGGGAUACACGCCGCAAGACCUAGUACUACUUUUGGAGCGGGCCAUUCAUGCCAACACUGUACAAAGAGGUCACAGUGACCAGGGUGUGUGUCUGUCGUGGCGGGACUUCGUGCAGGCUCUCAAGGGAUUCACGCCUCCCUCGCUGUGGGGUGUCGACCUCCACACCCCAAGUGGAGUUGGGCUGGAGAGGGUGGGGGGCCUGAGGGAGGUGCGACAGCAAUUAAUGGACACUAUACUGCUCCCUGCUAAGUAUCCCAUCCUGUUCUCCAAUCUUCCAAUCCGCCAUCGCUCAGGAAUAUUGCUGUACGGAGCUCCUGGUACAGGGAAGACCCUGCUGGCCAGGGCUGUGGCCAAAGACAGUGGUAUGAACUUCAUCAGCAUCAAGGGACCUGAACUUCUGAGUAAGUACAUUGGAGCUAGUGAGCAGGGAGUCCGCGAUGUCUUCCAGAGGGCGCAAGCUGCCAAGCCGUGCAUCCUUUUCUUCGAUGAGUUUGACUCUCUGGCCCCCAGGAGGGGCCACGACAGCACAGGUGUCACUGACCGUGUGGUCAACCAGCUCCUCACCCAGCUGGAUGGGGUGGAGGGACUGCAGGGUGUAUAUGUGCUUGCAGCCACAAGCCGUCCAGAUCUGAUUGAUCCAGCCCUACUGAGACCUGGACGCCUGGACAAGUCCCUCUACUGUCCCCCUCCUGACCAGGAGGCUCGUUUGGAGAUCCUGAAGGCUCUGAGCACCGGCGUUGCCUUCUCUGCUGAUGUGGACCUGGAGCAGCUGGCAGUAGCGACGGAGCACUUCACCGGGGCAGACCUUAAGGCCCUGCUCUACAACGCCCAGCUGGAGGCUGUUCAUAGCAGCCUGGACUCUAGCACACAGCAUGAGCUGACCUCUGGCUCAGACAGCGACAUGAGUCUGUCCUCCAUGAUCUUCCCGAACAACAGCAGUGGCUCAGAUGAUUCGGUGGGGGAGGGAGACCCAGCCGUGGGGCUGGACCAGUCGAUGGUUCUCCUGGAGCCCAGUGAGCUUCAGGCGGACGACGAACAUCAUCGUAGCAACGUCUGGAGACUGUACUUUGGAAGUUCCUAUGAGUCGGAGUUGGGGAAUUCGCCGAUUUCAGGACUGAACUCCCAGUGUGUCUCUGGACCCAACUCCGUGACCCAUGACUUUACAAGGGCGUCAAUUCGUGACCCUGGCGGCUCACUCCCACCUGCCUACAUGUCCUCUCUCCAGAGCGGGUAUGAAGAGCUCGGCCCGGAGCAGCUGGAGCGCCUACAACAAGACAUUAGUAACAUCAAGAACAACUACAAAAGAACCAACGAGGACUAUGCCCGGGUACAUUCAGCCUCCAGCCAGCCAGGUCUGAUGCUGUGUCCGGCUCAUGUGAACUCCGCCCUGGCUGUGACCAGACCAUCUCUCGGCAAAGCCGACUGGAACAGAUACACAAAACUGUAUGAAGCGUUUGGCGGAACAGGAGACCGAAAAUCUCUUCACUCAGUCACAUUUAAACCUGGACAGCGUGUGACUUUAGCUUGAUCGGACAUGUUAGUUUGACACACCUAAUUUGUUAUUUCCAUGUUAAUAAAUAAAAGCUGUGAUGCAUUAAUAAUUUAACAAUCAUUGGAGUUUACCAGUUCCAGAGGUAUGAAAACAAUGUGAAUUAAUAUUUGUUUAAAUGUUUCAUACUGACUUGAUUUUGAAUUAAACAUUUAUCUACUUAAAAUGUAAUUACUGUACAUAUGUAUAAUGAGUAUAAGUUAUCUAAUUGUAAGAAUUAAACAUGAAAUCUUU